GAUCUUUGGCCGAGUCAGCUGGUUGGGCUGGAUCGACUCAAACGGGCGGUGUGAGACUCGUGUUUACAUUUUUUCCCUCCUCCGUUUCCAUCUGCAGGCAGCAGCUGACAGCGGGGAUAACAGGACACUGACGCCGUGCAUGAGCAUCACGGAGACGCGUCAGAGGCCGACAACCCGCCGGUCACGGUUAACGGUGACGGUGCUGUUUCUCUGCCUGUAAAAUCAGAGUUUGGAGGAGCGCGUGUUUUAUUCUCACAUCAUCAUCUGGUCGCAGACAUGAGCGGGAGAGUCGGAGACCUCAGUCCUAAACAGGCUGAAGCGCUAGAGCAGUUUCGAGAGAGGGUACAAGACAUUCUUCCUCAACUUCCUGCACAGCACGACCACUUCCUGUUGCGCUGGCUCAGAGCCAGAAACUUCAAUGUACAGAAGUCUGAGGCCAUGCUGCGAAAGCAUUUGGAGUUCAGGAAACAGAUGAAAGUAGACACAAUAAUCACUGAAUGGCGUCCACCAGAGGUGAUAGAGAAGUAUCUGUCAGGAGGGAUGUGUGGUUACGACCUCGAGGGCAGCCCCAUCUGGUACGACGUGAUCGGACCAGUGGAUCCUAAAGGCCUCUUCCUGUCCGCCUCCAAACAAGACUUCAUCAAGUCCAAAAUCAGAGACUGUGAGAUGCUGCAGAAGGAAUGUAACCUCCAAUCACAGAGGCUGGGGAGGAACGUGGAGUCGAUCACGAUGAUCUACGAUGUUGAAGGUCUGGGUCUGAAACACUUAUGGAAGCCUGCUAUAGAAACAUAUGGAGAGAUCCUCCAGAUGUUUGAAGACAACUACCCAGAGGGUUUGAAGAGACUGUUUGUUAUUAAAGCUCCUAAACUCUUUCCUGUGGCCUACAACCUCGUCAAGCACUUUCUGAGUGAGAACACGAGACAGAAGAUCUACGUCCUUGGGGCGAACUGGCAGGAGGUUUUACUGAAGUACAUCGACGCAGAGGAGCUGCCGGUGAUAUACGGGGGGAAACUGACAGAUCCUGAUGGAGAUCCUCGCUGUCGGACGAGGAUAAAUCAUGUCGGCCCAGUUCCCCCCUCCUACUACGUGCGGGACCAUGUUAAGGUGGACUAUGAGCAGUGUAUGACCGUCAGUCGAGGAUCCUCCCAGCAGCUGGACUAUGAGAUCUUGUUCCCAGGCUGCGUCCUCAGGUGGCAGUUUGCCAGUGAGGGGGCAGACAUCGGCUUUGGGGUAUUUCUGAAGGCUAAAAAAGGUGAAUGGAAGAAGGCAGCUCAGAUGCAGGAGGUUGUGCCCAGCCAGCGCUACAACGCCCACCUAGUCCCAGAGGACGGAUCUCUGACCUGUGAACGCCCCGGAGUCUAUGUGCUCAGAUUUGACAACACCUACAGCAUCUUCCAGGCCAAAAGAAUCAGUUUUACUGUCGAGGUUCUGCUCCCAGACCACCUACAGCCUGCACAGACCAACGUGGCGUCCAGCGACCAUGUGCAAGCUGAGGGCAACAGUCAGUCAUAACCAAGAAGAUUAUGACACGAGGUGCCACUUCCAUGUUGUCAGAUCAGUAACUUUUUAGCCGCGAGUAAGCACAGCCUGAGAUACUUGAUUUGAAUGCAACAAGCUGCCAAUUUGUGUAAAUUAAUAGUAUUAUAUCUGUCUGUUUGAUGACUGUUUAAUCAUCUUUAAUGACCUUAUUUAGAAUUAUUUUAUUUAGAAAAAUCACUUCAUCCAAAAAUUAAAGUAAUGACACAAAAUGUUGAAAAUGUAAAUCAGUUGCUUCCACUGUGGCCCAGUUAAAUAUGGAAAUAAGUGUAAGACAAGCCACACAUAUAAAAUGCAGCACAAAAAUUAGAUCAACUUUUUCUAUAGUUUUUUUGUCUAUGGCAUAAAAAUUGACUCUCAUGACAGUCAAGAAACAGUACAGCAUCAGAAUUUAUUUAAAGUAUCUGCAGUGAAAGGUUCAUGAGCAGAUACUUUGAGCAAAAGAGUUUGUACAGAUCUUUUAUUUGGCCUUUUUGAUGCAUCAUUUCCAUUUACUGUUUGUGUUACCAUCUGUUAUCCUUUUCUUUCUUUGUUCGUGUUGUUGCAGAAAUAUUGACAAUGAAAGUUGCCACAUUGAACAUCAAGUCAUAACAACAUGUGGAGUAAUUUGUAAUGGGGUCUAAACUGUUAAGUUUUAUUCAUCUUUUAAUUCAUUACCCAUUGGUUGGGUCUCUAAUGAGCACCUGAAGGCAUCAGACUUGCUGAAGACAUUCCUUUAAAUAUUUAUUUUCUAAUUUAUUUCCAGAAAAUGAUAACUAGUUUAUGCUAUUAAAAUACUAAAGCUUGUGUCAGAUUUUAAGUAAGCGCUGUUUGUUUAGAUAAAGAGCAUCAAUGUUUCCAAGAAUAUGCAGUAUUACAGAUGGUUCAUGUCAAGUCAUUUGCAUUGAAUGUGAAUGAAACUUGUUUUUUACUCUCACUAGACAAUUACUGAAUGUAGACUGUGGCUGGAUUUUUAACAAUAUGUUCAUGUUAAAAUUCAGAGUUUUCCCCCAACAACCUAUGUAGUCAACAUAAACUCUUUCUUUUCUCAUGUGAUGAAGGUUGCAUCAACUUGUAAAACAUUAUAAAUAAAUAAAACCAGUUUUCAACAAAA